AAGUCCUUGGAGGUCCUGCUGGCAGAGUGCAGAAGGAGGAGGGACAGCAGCUCCUCCCAUUUCUCACAGCCAGCUCCAUCUCUUAAAAACUCCUGUCUCAGCACACAACUGACAGAGAAAACUAUUCCACCCAAGGGUCAGUGCCAAAAAGGAAAAACAAAGGAAACAAUGGCAAAGAAGGUGGCAGUGAUUGGAGCUGGAGUUAGUGGCCUGAUUUCUCUGAAGUGCUGUGUGGAUGAGGGACUAGAGCCCACCUGCUUUGAGAGGACUGAAGACAUCGGAGGACUGUGGAGGUUCAAAGAAAAUGUGGAAGAUGGUCGAGCAAGCAUCUAUCACUCAGUCAUCACCAACACCAGCAAAGAAAUGUCCUGCUUCAGUGACUUUCCAAUGCCUGAAGAUUUCCCAAACUUCCUGCACAAUUCUAAACUCCUAGAAUAUUUCAGGAUUUUUGCAAAAAAGUUUGAUCUUCUAAAAUACAUUCGGUUCCAGACAACUGUCCUUGGUGUGAAAAAACGCCCAGACUUCUCAUCCUCUGGCCAAUGGGAAGUUGUUACCCAGAGCAAUGGCAAGGAGAAAAGUGAUGUCUUUGAUGCAAUUAUGGUUUGCAGCGGUCAUCACAUCAUACCCAACAUCCCACUGGAUUCAUUUCCAGGUAUUGAGAAGUUCAAAGGCCAGUAUUUCCACAGCCGCCAAUACAAGCACCCAGUUGGGUUUGAGGGAAAACGUAUCCUGGUGAUAGGAAUAGGAAACUCAGCUUCAGAUAUUGCUGCUGAGCUGAGUAAGAAGGCUGCUCAGGUGUUUAUCAGCACCAGACAUGGUUCCUGGGUGAUGAGUAGAAUCUCUGAUGACGGCUACCCCUGGGACAUGGUGUUCCACACUAGGUUUAGCUCCAUGCUCCGAAAUGUCCUGCCACGGAUAGUUGUCAAAUGGAUGAUGGAACAACAGUUGAAUCAGUGGUUCAACCAUGAAAAUUAUGGACUUGAGCCUCAAAACAAAUACCUUAUGAAAGAACCUAUACUGAAUGAUGAUCUUCCAAGCCGUAUACUCUAUGGAGACAUCAAGGUGAAACCAAGAAUAAAGGAGCUCACAGAAACUGCGGCCAUUUUUGAGGAUGGCACGGUGGAGGAAGACAUUGAUGUCAUUGUCUUUGCCACAGGAUAUACUUUCUCUUUCCCUUUCCUUGAAGAUUCACUCGUUAAAGUGGAGAAUAACAUGGUAUUGCUAUAUAAAUUCAUGUUUCCUCCUCAGCUAGAGAAGUCAACCCUAGCUUGCAUUGGUCUCAUCCAGCCCCUCGGUUCCAUUUUCCCAACUGUUGAACUUCAGGCACGUUGGGUGACAAGAGUUUUCAAAGACUUGUGUAGCCUGCCCUCAAAGGACACUAUGAUGGAGAACAUUAUCAACAGAAAUGAAAAAAGAAUUGACCUGUUUGGAAAAAGCCAGAGCCAAAUAUUGCAGACCAAUUACGUUGACUACCUGGACGAGCUUGCCUUAGAGAUAGGAGCAAAGCCAGACAUCACCUCUUUCUUGUUCAAAGAUCCCAAGUUGGCUGUGAAACUCUGUUUUGGACCUUGCAACUCCUAUCAGUACCGCCUGGUUGGGCCUGGGAAAUGGGAAGGUGCCAGGAAUGCCAUCUUCACACAGAAACAAAGGAUACUAAAGCCCCUAAAGACACGGUCUCUGAGACCUUCAUCUAACUUCCCAUCUUCCUUCCUGUUGAAAAUCCUGGGGCUUUUUGCUCUUGUUGUUGCCUUCUUUUUCCAACUGCAGUGGUUCUAAUCUGUCAACAUAACACUUUUUCUGCUUUCUUACCUUCUCAGUACCUCUUAAAGAAAAAGAAAACUAAAAGAAACAAUAUUAAAUCUAAAGUUUAAAGUUUAAAAGGACAAGUAAAAGGAUUAAUUGCAGAAAAAUAGGAGAAUUAGAUCUAUGUAAAACCAAAAUUAUUUCUUGGCCAUUUUUCCCUUUCCUCAAGGUAAUUAGUCUCCAAAAAGUACAAUAAAGUAAGCCCUUCCCAGAUCAAUAACACUAUCAGCCUUGAUAGGACUUGAGUUAAUAGAAUUACACAGAAUUAGAAACUGGAUCUUUAGUGUAAAUUACCAAACAAUUUUAAUAGUGGUAAAUAUUGAAAACCUCUUGCACAAAGUAUUCAAUAGUGGUCCUAUUAUUAUCAUUAUUAUUAUUACUAUCAUCAUCAUUAUCAUUAGUGAUUCUAUUAUUUAAUAGAUGUCAGAUGUUGUCAUGCACAUUGGAUUGGUUUGGUAUCACUCAACAAUACUGAAUUGCUGAGUGUAGAGACACAUACCUGUAAACUUAGCCCUCAGGAGGAUUGGGCUCCACAGUGAAACCUUGUCUCAAAAACAAAACAAACAAAACCACUACAGAGCCUCAUUACUAAGAAAAAUAAUGUUUAUAUAAAUAACAAAUAAGCUAAGUAAAGCUCACUGAUAUGCAAAUAAGCUUAGAAAACAGUUACAUGUCUUACAUGUAUGGCAAAAUAGAAUAUAAGUAAGAUAAGCAAUAUAAGGAUAUAAGUAAUCAUGCCAUAUUAGCCAGUUAGAAGAUAUAUAGAUACAUAUAAUUUGUGAACUGCUUAUAAUAGGCUAGAUAUUGUGCUGUGUACAUGUCAUAUAUAUUAUUUUAUUUGUUUCUCACAACAACUCUGAAAUGGGUACCCAUUUUACAGAUUAUAAAACUGAGAUUCACAGUAGUUGUAUAAACAUAUCCAAGAUCACAUGGCUAAUCCUAGAUGGAGCUCAAACUGGAGCACAGGAUUGUGGGACUCUAGAACUAAAGGUUAUAACCUCACCCACAAUAUGCUUAUAUAUAAGACACCCACUAUAAAUAAAGUAUUUACUAAUAGUUUAUUUAUUUUAGCACAUGUUAGUUUUGAAGGAUCUUUACAUGGAAAUGGCACUCUUCUAGCAAACAUGAUCUAAUUGAUUUUAUCUACAAUAUUUGUUUAUAUUUCAGCUAGGCCAAAAAAUGCAUUUGAAGAAAAUUACAAUGAAAGACCUCUAGGUACUAACACUUAAGAUCAUCACUGAGUAACCAGAGCUUCUGUCUAUAAUCUCAAUACUGGGCAAGAUUGAGUCAAGAGGAUUGUGAGUUUCAGGCCAGCCUGGAUUAUAUGUGGAACCCCAGGCUAGGCUGGGCAGUAUACUGAGAUUCUGUUUCAACAACAACAAUGAAAGAUAAUUAUGGACAUUCUGGAUAAAUAAGAAUGGAGGAAUAAAAGCACUAUGUAGCAAGUAGAUGAAAUAUGAUUGAGCCCUGUGUCUAGCACUAACCUUACAGAAAACCAAGCCAAAAUGCUAAACCAAAUGUUUAUCUUUGCCAUCUGAUAAAAGGAAGCAUAUCAGUUAGGAGAGAAAAACAUUUUUCUUGGAACAGAAGACUAAAAUAAGAUUCAAGCAAUUCAAUGUCUGUAAACAUUCAGCAACAUAACAAACAUUUAGCUAUGCUCUUUCCAUCAACUGGGCUUUGAGAGACUAGCUACACUGGUUUGGGAACCCAGACCAAAACCUCUAAAAAGAGGCUAAGGGUCCAGGACGUUGAACAUUAAGGCAGACUUUUCUUCCUUAUAUCUCUCAAGCUUCUGUGAACACCACUCUUAUCUUUAGCGUGGAUUUCUCCCUCAAUAUGCUAGAACAAUCUGCUGGACUCUCUACCAGGGGGAAGUUUUUCUUUAAUGUUCAUUGAAAUUACACAAGUUUGUCCCAUUUGUACACAUCUUUUAUUAUAAACAAAUUCCUUUAAAACUCACAAAUGUGUACAUAGAUUUCAUUCUUGAUUUUAAAAAAUAAUUACUUUGCCAAAUAUUAAAGACUUUACAAUCCAUUGUGUUAACAAUAAUUUUAGAAAUCACCAAGCCUUAUUAGCAAAAGUCAGAAAACUACUUACUGUCUAUGUAGCAAUUCUUGUUUUUGUAAAUAAUUUCAUUGGACACACCCACUAAUUUAUCAUCUGUGCUACAAUGGUAGAGCUGAAUAUUGGAAGCAGAAACCCUGUGGCACAGAAAGCCUAAAAUAUCUACAAUCUGACCUGUUUCAUACCAUCUGCAGUAUAUUGUCCUGAUGGAUUCUCACAGCUUACUUCGUUGCAUCAUUACCAUUACCUAGGAAGUGCCAUGAAGUACCUGUGCUUAUACUUCCCUAGCAUCAGAGACUAAGAGAUGCUUGUUGGAUUAAUGUUAAACUAGUGGAAAGAAAGAGUGUCAUUAAGGUAAAAAAUAUUAUUAAAUAAAUGAAUUGCCUUGAAAUUUUGACAAAUCGCUUGAAAUCUCCCCCCAAAUAUCAGGAGACCUUAAUAAAAAUGUGAAUAAUUCAUUUCUAGAAGACACCACCCCUAAGCAAGCCUCAUUCAGACCAUUGUCUCUCUAACUCUAACUCUGAACAUAAAACUCUCACAGACCAGACAUAUUGUCUGAGAUCUUUUGUUUCAAAUUAUGAUCCACAGAAUAACUCUGAAGCUUAUUAACAAAAGAUCCUUCGUGCAAAUGAAGCAGUAAGUCAAGCUGCCCUAACAAGUCUCUGCUGGACUUUGCAGAAAUAAAUACAUCUACUCCCAAAAGAUUCUUGUGCACAUUAAAUUUAGGAACUACUAAUAGUUGAAGCUCUCUC